UUGCACACACACGCACGCACGGGUGCGCCGUGGCUACGUGCGCCCCCUGUCAAUAUUAAGGCACUCGCCGCUGUCGUUGUGGCAUCAGACCCUGAACCAUCAAAGCCCUGCAUUGGACAAGGUCGAGCAUGACGUGUUGAUGCGGAGACUGGCUUUGCUCUUCAAAUCCACGGUUGGACUCCUGUGAAGAUGACCAUCCAGGAACGACAACCCUCGUGUCAUCUCAGCCGGGUGUUGCUCUGAGUACAUCACUCCGCAUCCUCCUGCUCACCACCACCAUCAUCAUCAUCACCGUCGUCGUCAUCAUCGUCGUCGCAGUGAAGAGCGUGCCCCUUGGGCGCGCAAUCAUGCUCCUCGCCACGUUGAGAGAGCCCCACAGCCUCUCCCACGGCAAGGGCUCAAGAUGAGCGAGUCUCGGCACGGCUUUGUGCUGCUGCUGCUGCUGAUUACCAUGCCGUCAACACUGCCACCGUGCGCGGCAAUGGAUUUAUCGACGUUUGGACGAGUCGACAUCGUCAAGGAUGAACGCGGCGCACAAGCCCUCUCGGCGUUCUCGUCCGCCACCGCCGGUGCCCACAAAACAUAUUCCUCGUCUACAUCAUCAUCUGCUGCCGCUGCCUCGUCCGCUCCGUCGGAGAGCCAACGACUCCUGCAAAAGGACCUCGAGACGCGGCUGCUGGAAGUGUUCGGCCUCAAGAGGCGACCGAGGCCCAGGCCAGGCGUGGCGGUAUCCCAGUACCUCGUGGACGUCUACCGCCUCCUGCAGAGCGCAGCGCUGGGGUCGACCGGCCCGGGGGGGUCCCGAGCGGCCUCCGCGUCAGAGUUGGAAUCCGACUUAGGGUUCGCGGAGCGAGCGUCGGCCAAGGCCAACACAGUGAGGGGCUUCCACCACGAAGAUUCGUUGGAGGAGCAGCCGUACCGCAGCGAAUCGGCGGCGGCGGCAGCGGCGUCGUCAUCGUCUUCCCACCACCACCAACACCACCACCUGGUCUUCGACCUGUCCAGCCUCCCCGCCGACGAGUGGGUGCACGCUGCUGAGUUGCGCCUCCACCGGGCCCGGCUGCGGCCCCAGCGGCGCCCGCUCCGCGUCAACGUCUACGAGGCGGCGGCGGCGGCGGCGACGACGCCGCUCCUCGACUCGCGGCUCGUGCACGACAACGCCACGCGCUGGGAGAGCUUCGACGUGAGCGCCGCCCUCCAGCGACGGGCGCUCGGCGGGCGGCCCGGCUCCAGCCUCGGCCUCCUCGUCGAGCUGCUGCCGACCCCCGGGGAGGACGCGGCCGUCGACGGCGACGACGGCGACGACGGCGGCGGCGGCAACGCCGGCCACGUGCGCGCGAGCCGGGCGGCCGCGCCGCCCGAGGACCUCGACUCGUGGCCACGGCUCAGGCCGCUGCUCGUCACCUACGGCCACGACGGGAGGGGCGGCCGAACGUUGGGCGAGGCCAGGGCGAGGUCCCGGCGGGCGUCGGGGAGGCACGCGGGCGGCCGGCGGCCGCGCGUGCUCUGCCAGCGCCAGCCGCUCUACGUGGACUUCCGCGAGGUCGGCUGGGACGACUGGAUCGUCGCGCCGCCGGGCUACAACGCCUACUUCUGCCAGGGCGAGUGCCCCUUCCCGCUCGCCGACCACCUCAACUCGACGAACCACGCCAUCGUGCAGACGCUCGUCAACUCGGUGAACGCGAGCAUCCCGCGCGCGUGCUGCGUGCCCACCGAGCUGAGCCCCAUCUCCAUGCUCUACAUGGACGAGUAUGAGAAGGUGGUGCUCAAGAACUACCAGGACAUGGUGGUGGAGGGUUGCGGCUGCCGUUGACUCCCUGCCGGUGAUGCGAACGUCGGUGCUUGCGAGUGGCCGUGAAGGUUUUUUCGCGGUGAACCUUUGCCAGAUCGAGUGAACGCAGAGGCUCGUCGAGUGUGAAGAUGCAGAUGAUGGCCCAGUGCUUGCAGAGGCUCUGAACGCCAGCGAGGGAGCGCUAUGCUGGCCUCGCUGGCAUUCUGGGAACAAGUCCAGGUUUUUCUUCCACCCACCGUGAUCAAACCAGUUUCUCAGGCAUAGUAAGUAAGUUGACAGUCUCUGCCAAUUCACCAAUGAAUUCAAAAACAAUCCAUCGCAUUGGAUGAAGUGCUUCGCAUAAUUCCGAAUAUUACAACUUCCGAGAACUGAAAACGUCCAGUUGUGUUGCCUUCUAUCGACGAACGCACACUGUGUGCCCCACAAGGAGUGGACAGGAGGCAACCGGGCCGACCUCAGAAGUAGUUCUACGACAUCAUUUUCCGGGACCCAUUACAAGACCACACCGCUCAUUUUGAGCUUUUCCCUUUUUUCGUUUUGGUCUCUGACGUGACAUGGACAGCGCAACUAAAAUAUAUUCUGUAUAUUUAUAUAAACAAAAUAUUCCAAAAAUAUUAACAGUAUGAAGCUGAAAGUACUCGAGCAUGAUCUUCGUAUGAAGGAGUUUGCUGAGAGUGCAGUGCCUUUGUAGGGAGAACUUUUGAAUCCAGCUCACAGACUUUUUGUCAGGCAAGGUGGUGCACACCUCGCUGCUUUCGACAGGGAGGUGGCGGUGGGAGUUGGUGGCUCACACAGGGACGCUAGCGUACGUGGGUCACCCACCUGCACGUCUGUGGCAAUACCGGUCGAAUGCAGUACAGCAAGUAGGUCGUGGGCCUAACUUCGCGGAUUCUUGCCUGUUACCUCCUCAUGUACAGGUGUAUUGUCUGGGUGCUGUGGUUUCAUCCCACACACAAUAUACUUUUAAAAAUAUGAUUUGAAUACAUUCCCAAAAAUAAUCUUUUUGAAAAGGGGCCUUGAGACUCAGUGACGUGUGCUUGGAUAAUGAAACUACUUAUUAUUAUAAAUAUUGUGAAUGGAAAACCACAUACAAAUACAGAGUUCCAGUCCCCGUGUCUUGCCCUUGGUAAAUGGACAUGAAUGUCUAACAACAAUGUAUUUAUACCAAGGCCCUGUUGAAUCAUACCGGUGAGACUGGCCAAGUUGAAAUGCAUGCCUUGGCAAUUAUUGUUCUCAUCCAAACUUGUGUAAGGUAUGUGUGUCUGUGCAUUUAUGUUAUAGGGUGUAAUGAUGCACGAAACUCAUCAUUUAAUACCCAUUAUUUCAGCUGACAAUCCACACAUCAAAUUUGCCAGUUUAAUAAACCAACAUUUUUUGCGGGUUACAUAUGUUGUACGUAAUGGGUACAACAUGACCCCGCCCCAACUCACCGCCACUAACCACUCGAGGCAGCUACAUUCAGCAGUGUUAAUUUUACAAAAAAUCUACGAUUUUAAUCGAAUCAGGACUCUUGAAUCGCGACGAACCAUCGAAUUGCCUUGGUGGGAAAG